AUGUCAUUUUUCCUCGUCACCUUCUGCUGCGCCUUCGCCGCGCUAGGCUCGUUCCUGCUCGGCUAUGAAUCGGGCAUGAUCUCGUCCAGUAUCGAGCAAGAGGCGUUUCUGCGCCGAUUCGGGUCUCCCGGGCUGGUCCUGUCCGAGUCCGCCAUGGCGGGGAUCGUUUCUUCAUAUAUCGGCGGCGCAAUUGUGGGUUCGAUUCUCACACCAUAUAUCGCGGAUUAUUAUGGCCGUCGGAUGGUCCUUUUCGUCGGUAGUCUGCUUGCUACACUGGGCACAGCCCUUCAGGGAGGUGCGAUUAACAUGGCGAUGCUUAUUGCCGGUCGAUGCAUCGCAGGUCUGGCUGUCGGGCAGAUGUCAGCCACCAUUCCGGUAUAUUGCAGCGAGAUGGCGCCGCCCCAGAUUCGUGGAAUGUUAGCAAGCAUGCAAAACUGGAUGAUUGGUUUAGGGAUCCUAGUUGCUGUGAGCUGUCUUCCUUCCACUGAGAUAUCACCGGACUCCAAACUAACCGAUCCCAAGCAAUGGGUGGGAUACGGUUCCUCCCUCCGAGACGGACCUUUCUCCUGGCGCUUCCCCCUCUCCCUCCAAGUCGCCCCAGCAAUACUCCUCACUCUUGGCAUCUGGUUCCUCCCCGAAUCACCAAGAUGGCUCGCCGAACAAGGCCAAAACCUCAAAGCCCGCUCCGUCCUCGCCCGCCUCGACAAAACCGCAAACAUCACCCAGCUCGACCACGAACUCUCCCAAAUCCACCCACCCCAAAAGCAACCCCCAACACCAUCCUGGCGCACCCUCUUCUCCGCCCGCUAUCGCCGUAGACUCCUUCUAGCCUGCAGCCUCCAACUCUUCACCCAAUCCACCGGAACAGCCCUCAUCCAAACCUACACCCCAUCCCUCACCAAAACCCUCCCCCAAUCCCCGCAAACAACCCUCCUGAUAAUCGGCCUCUGGACCGCCCUCUCCCAACUCUGGAACACCCUCUUCAUGCCCCUAAUCGACAAACUCAACCGUCGCACCCUCCUCAUCCCCUCCCUCCUCGGCACAGGCGCAACAAUCUGCAUCGAAGCAACACUCCUCCGCACCCUCAAUACCAACAAUUCCAAUACAAACACCCCCACCCUCCACACCGCAAUCGCAAUGUUCUUCCUCUUCUCCCUCUUCUCCACACCACUAAACAUGAUCUCCUGGAUCUACCAAUGCGAGCUCUUCCCGACCCCACUUCGCGCCCGCAGCUCAGCACUAGCAACAGCAGCGAACUGGAUCGUCAAGCUCGUGCUGGCACAUUGCUCGCCUGUGGCAUUCGCGCAUAUCGGAUACAACUAUCUGUACUGCUUUGCCGGUUUUACUUGGGUGGCUUUUAUCGUUGUUUGGGUGUUUUUCCCCGAGACGAACGGGAGGACGCUGGAAGAGGUGCAGGGGGUUUUUGAGGAGGUGGAUGAUGUGAGGUCGGUCAGGUCUUUGGAGGGUGUUGUUCAGGUUGAUGCGGAUGAUGUGCGGAGAUCGCAGAUUAGGGCUAGAGGGUUGCAUCCGCUUUCUAUGCAUCCUACGUCGACGGGGAGUUUGGGUAGUGAUGGGGGGAGUCGGGAUGGGUUUGUUGAGGGGAAGGAGGUUUAG